AAAACAAAUAUUAUUCGAGAUUAUCUUGAAGAUCUUCAAGCUGGAAGAACAUGGUGGCCAAAAGAAAUUUGGAUAAAUUAUGCAUCCGAUCUUUCUCAAUUUCAUAAAGAUCCAACUGGACAAUAA